AUGGACUAUGAGCGCUGCAGAGAAAUACUAGACGAAGACAGCGAUGAAGGAGGCCAUCCAAACAUCGAUGACCGCACAUUCAAGAAGUGGAAGCAGGAAAGAAAAGAGGAAAUAAGACAGCAGCUGGGCCAGCGACUGCAGGCCAUUGAGGGAGAGGAAGAGUGCACUGAAGAGGCAAAAAAAAUAAAAGAUCUUCUGAAAGAGAAGAUAGUAGACAGAGGAACAUACACAAAAGUAUCAGCCACUUCAAGUGUCUUCGAAAUAGUUGCAAUCGAAACAGAAGACCCUCGCAUACAGAGAAUAGUAGAGACUAUAUGCGAGUCAAACAGUGUAAUAGACUACAUAGCAGUGAUUAAAGAAGUACUAGGCACAGAAAAAACAGAGGAAAUGGCAGAGCGUAUCGAAGAGUAUCUGCUAACGGGAAUAAAGUACAAUAUAGAAGAAAAAUACUAUGCUGCUUCGCAGAGAAUGGCACAGUGCAUAAUGGCGCUGGAGUAUGUUAAGAUAGAAAGUGGGCCCAUCACAGGACACAUUCUAGAGGGUAUCUGCAGAGAAGGCGCGGCGUACCACCAGAGAAUUCUUGACUACUACAGAACAAACUCCAAAUAA